AAAGGUUCACGUUUCUAUCGACCCACUGUUUGAAGUCAUCUCUGCUAAAAUGCCUCACCAGAGUAUCUAUACCGCGUGUGAAGAAGCCCAUCUAUCAUAGUUCCAUAAUCUACCCCUAAGAACCCGAGUAUCACCCUAUGAUCCCCACCACUGAAAAAAAAAACUGUUUCCCCUCAAUUUCCACUGCAGCGUCAUGUCUUUGUCACCACAUUGGGAAGCUCGACCCCACGCACACACAAUCUAAUCUCUCCUGCGAUUGCCGCAUCGAGCCACCCGCGCGCCUGUCGCUUAUGCGUGGUGUACAACAUAUCCCAGUCACACCCCACUUUGUGUGGCAUAUCCUGACUUCGCCCGGGAAUCUUUCGAAACGGGGGUAUAUAUACACCCAUUCCCUGCUCUACUCCCAAGUAACCUGCUCCCAUAGCAAGCCACCUAUCGAUGUUAACAGCCAGCUCCAGAAGAGCAACCAGAUGCCUCGGCCAGACCCUCAGAGGGGUCACCACGGCAGCCACUAUUUUCCCAAACGAGCCUUCCGUGCCAACCGUGAACACGUUCCCGGGUCCUAAAUCCAAGCAGGAGCUCGCGAGCCUCGCACGUGUAUAUGACACCACUACCGCGUAUUUCCUCACUGACUACUACCAGUCUGUCGGUAACUACAUUGCGGAUGUCGAUGGAAACAAGUUCCUUGACGUGUACUCGCAGAUCGCAAGUAUCCCCUUGGGCUACAGCAAUCCGAAACUUGCGGAGUUGGCGCGCUCACCGCAGAUGGUGAACGCAAUUGUCAACCGUCCGGCGCUCGGCGUGUUUCCCUCGACUGAUUACUAUGAAAUUCUUUCUCAGGGCUUGCUUUCAGCCGCGCCCCCAGGUAUGGACCAAAUCUGGACCACGCUCUCUGGAUCCGACGCGAACGAAUGUGCGUUCAAGGCUGCAUUCAUGCACCAGGCUGCGCGCAAACGCGGGGAUGCAUCUUUCACCGCGGAGGAACUCUCUUCCGUGAUGCUCAAUCAAACGCCUGGUGCGCCGGUCUCCACUAUUCUCUCCUUCUCCAAGGGUUUCCACGGCAGACUUUUCGGGUCGCUUUCGACAACCAGGUCUAAGGAGAUUCACAAGUUGGACAUUCCGGCGUUCGACUGGCCGGUAGCGCCGUUCCCACAGUUGCGGUAUCCGUUGGAGGAGUUUAUCUCGGAAAACAGGGCAGAGGAACAGCGGUGUAUUCUGGAGCUCACCCAGAUUUUUGAGACCUACCCUAAGGACAUUGCAGCUGUGAUUGUCGAGCCGAUCCAGGCCGAGGGCGGGGAUAACCACGCGUCUGCGUGGUUCUUCCAGCAAGUCCGCACCCUUACUAAGAAGUACAACGUGCUCAUGAUUGUGGAUGAGGUUCAGACCGGGUUGGGCACCGGAAAGUUUUGGGCGCACGAGCACUGGAACUUAGACAUGCCUCCAGACAUGGUCACUUUCUCGAAGAAGGUGCAGGCCGCAGGGUUUUUCUACUCAGGAAAGAUCGGUCGUACCAAGGAGGGCUACAGACAGUUCAACACCUGGUGUGGGGACCCAUCCAAGGCACUUCUUGCGAAGGGCAUUAUCGAGCAGAUCAAGGAUUACGACUUGUUGGCGCGCGCGGCCGUCACCGGCAGAAACUUAUACGAUUCGUUGGCCGAGAUCAGCGUGCGUUUCCCCCAGGUAUCCAACUUGCGCGGAAAGAACAGAGCUACGUUCCUUGCAUUCGAUUUGCCAAGCGGCAAGGAACGUGAUGCGUUUUUGGUCAAGUGUAGACAUGCCGGUGUCAACGCCGGUGGCAGCGGCGCACGUGCUGUCCGGUUGCGUCCAGGAUUGUGGUUCGAGGGCAAACACGCCGAGGUGAUGCUCGCGGUCUUUGAGGGCGUGUUGAAGGACAUGUACAAGUAAAGAGAUAGGAGACUUGUCGGGAUGAUUGCAUAUUAUACAUCUAAUUCAUCCGUUGUGGGUCUGGACCCGCUCUCAAACAUUUAUGUAAAACCACAUUGUUUCUAUUUCAAUAAUUCACAUUGCUUUAGGGGCUUCGCAUAAUAAGUGAAAUCCCAUGUUUUAGUCGUAC